AUGCGCAUAUACGACUUGUGUGUAUGUGUAGCGGAGCAAAUGAUUACGGGAAAACAUCUCGGGCCGCGUCGACGAUCAUCGUCUUCGCAGUCGCAGCGGACCACGCCCCGCCCCGUUUGCGCACCUGCGACUCUCCGCAGCUUGCGCUGCUCGCGCACGCCAGCACCACGCGUUCUCAUGACCCGACGACGGCGUGUUAUCAGCACGCGCCGUGUGGCUACUGUAAUCCGCACAUUGAAUGACUUGAGUGCUGGGAAACAAGCGAAACGGCUCGCAUGGCUGCAACAAGGGGAUUACGGAUUGGAACAACUAAUGCAGUUGGACGAUCACACGGAAGUGGAAGAAAUGGAGAUGAACAGCUUUUGGUGA